AUGGGGCAGCCAUGGGAACCGUUCACACUCGGCUUGUUCGACGUGAACACGUCAUACACAUGUGUGUUGGAGUGUCGGGUGAAACUCAAGACAGCACAGUUAACGAGGUCAGGUUCUCAAGUGCUGGAAAGACCCGGAGUCCCCAGCCAAGAGGCCGAUCCCUGGUCAGAGCAAGAUUUUAUUUCCAGGAGCGGUUCUACAAGGCUGAACGAGCCUAGCGCUCAAAGCCAAGAACUCUAUCGGAGUAAGACCGUAGCCUGGUCAACGCAAGAAUUGGAAAAAUUGGCGAACCUGGCCGAAAGGCACAGGACAGCCAAGGGUCGCGUGCAGUGGGCCGUUUUGGAGCGAGAGUUCUCUUCAAGUGCCACGCACGACGACCCAAUAAGAACGGCGGAGUCCCUUCGAGCCGCUUAUCGGAGGUUUUUUAAGACCUCCACCAGAACAUCUGGGGUGAGUACUCAACGUGCAGAAGUGCACAGCAUGGAACGCGCUGAGGAAAACCCCAACGAUCUCAGCUCGGAGGACCGUCGACCAGGCAGAGUGUCUACAGGGCAAAUGAAUAUCAACCAUGCCUACGACUCAGCAAUGAGCGAUGGCGUAACUACGGCCCAACAGACACUCAUCGCCUCCACCAGUGGUGCUAUAGAAACAGCGAGUGCGAACAGCGCUCACGUAACAGAGCUUCCCCCGAGGAAGCGCACCGCCUGGACCGAGAGCGAGCUUGGUAAACUGGCGAACCUGGUCGAGAGACACAGGACAGCCGACGGGGGAGUGCAGUGGGCUGAACUGGGCUCUGCCUGGGAAAGCUCACGACGCACACAAGACCCCAAAAGAACGGUGUCAGCUCUGAAAGCUGCCUAUGCGAAACUGUCUAAGAAAACUAGGCAGACUGACCAUAGUGCAGCCUCUGAUGGAUUAGCUGAUCUUAGAACUUCGAGCAUCCCAAGCUGUCCACAAGUGGGCAGUCCAAGGGAAGCUCACGCGAGUCAGCAAAAUGAGGACCCCGCAGGCGGGGUUUCUCGACUACAAUUCAUCAGCGAUGGUAGGAGCUCACCGACUCAGGGAACUAGAAGUCCAUUAGGCUUGAGAAUAAUAUCUAGUCGAGGAGACCGCCCCCAGGGAGGCGGAACUACCGAGACUCCCGAAUCUCAGCCAAUUGAAACGCUCCCUCAGCGGAAGCGAAAUGUUUGGACUGAAAGUGAACUGGGUAAACUGGCGAACCUGGUCGAGAGACACAGGACAGCCAACGGGAGUGUGCAAUGGGCUGAACUGGGCUCUGCCUGGGAAAGCCUCAGAAGCACACAAGAACCCAAAAGAACGGUGUCGGCUCUGAAAGCUGCAUAUGCAAAACUGUCUAAGAGAAUUAGGCAGGUUGACCAUAGUGCAGACUCUGAUGGGUUAGCUGACCUUAGAAUACCGAGCUCCCAAAGCUGUUCGCAAGCGGACAGUCAAAUGGGGGCUCACGUGAGUCAACAAGAAGAGGAACUCGGAAACGUGUUUUCUCUUCGACAAUCCAUCAGCGACGAUAGGAGCCCACCGGCCCAGCUAGCUAGAAGUCCAUCAGACUUGAGAACAACGCCUAGUCGAGGAGACCGCCCCCAGGGAGGCGGAACUACCGGGACUCUCGAAUCUCAGUCUAUUGAAACGCUCCCCCAGAGGAAGCGAAAUCUUUGGACUGAAAGUGAACUGGGUAGACUGCCGAACCUGGUAGAGAGGCACAGGACAGCCAAGGGGGGUGUGCAAUGGACUGAACUGGGCUCUGCCUGGGAAAGCUCGCGAAGCACACAAGACCCCAAAAGAACUGUUAAAGCACUACAAGCUGCUUAUGCGAAGCUCGCCAAGCGGGCUGAAAGCAUAGCAGUUUCUGAAGGCCUAGCUGUGCUUAGAACAUCGAGCCGUAAUAGUUGCCCCCAACAAGGCAGCCAAAAUACGGUUUUCGAGAGCCAGCCUGACGUAGGGGGAGAAAACCCCGGUCACCAGGUCUCCGGAGAAGUAGCAAGCUUACAGUAUAACACAGAAUCGUCAGAGGGAACGACUGAAAUAGAAAAUCAGAGUCCUGAAGGCAACUCGCAAGAGUUGUCUCUCGGUAGGACUCACGAACCUCAGUGA